UAAGUAAUAUAGCAAAUAUCCAUUACUUUCCCUAUUAAAAGAAAGAAAGAAAAUACAUUUAUUUACGUCACACUAAAUUAUUUUGUUCAUUUUCAAUGCAAUAUAAAUUUUGAGAUAUGAAUGGCAGUCGUAUCAGUGUAUUCAUGGUGAGUAUGAGCGUAGCACUAACAUACAGCGCCCCUCAAAGAAAAUGCAUCUCUCGAAGACCGGGUUCAUACACCGAUGACUCUGGUAGAAUAGUUCUAAAAAAUAAUAAAAACACAAAUAACCGGAAUAUCAAUAAUGAAGGGUAUAACAAAAAUCGUGGAAAUAACAAUGGGAACAAUUACCUGACUCUAAAUAGGCUAUCACAAUUACAAAGUUCAACCAUCCGUCCAAGAAAAAGGUGUUGCCCUUAUGAUUUUGACAGCGAAAAGUGUAUAUUCGUGAAUGACAGGAAGGUGUGUGGGUACGAUUUGAACAGUGGAGGUCCGGAGGCGAACCCUGCAGAACUUACUUUAGAUGUGGGCAACGGUUGUAUGUUUCGCCGUGGACGACUCGAGUGUGGGUACAUGGAAGCACCCUUUGAUGGUAUCCGUAGACCGCCCGUAUACGACAGGACAGAAGCUCCUGACCAAGAAAGUGAUAAUGAGACAGAUAAUCCUGACCAAACAACAGACGAUCAAGAUGAUGAUGUUAAGGAGAAACUUGUAUAUUCGCGUCCUUCGAAACCAAAAACAAAAACAACUUUACCAAGCUGCGUACAGAUACGAAAAAAGAUAGUGUGUAGUGUGAUAAGUACGAAUAAAUUGUAGAUGUGUUUUAA